AUGCGUCUGUUUGAAAAGAACACGUUUCUGACUGGAUUUUAUGCAACCGGACCUAACGCUUCUGAAAACGGGAUAUAUCCAAAUGAAGGAAAAUUAUAUAAUCAAGAAUUUGUUAAAUUUGCUAAUGGAUUGUUAAUUGAAGAUACUAAGUUGGUUGGACCUUGGUUGUUGGGAGCGGAUGUUUUCCUUCGUAAUCAAUCGAAAUUCCAACUUUCAACAUUAAUUACUGGAGAUGAAGAAUGUGCCCCUAGCUUUUCUUAUUUGUUGAGUAAAUAUGCAGGCAUACAUUCGAACGUUGUGCUUAACACGAACUUAAAAAAACAUGUCGGAUCUUCACUAACUAUGUAUGGAGUCUCUACAUUUGAUAGUUUCGAAUUUCGUCACAACCUGACAUUAACAGGAAAUGAUACAAAUUGCUUGGAUAAAUUGGAAAAAGGAAGUGAAGCAAAGGAUUGUAAUGAUUCUUGUGCUAAAAUCAACUUUACCAAUGCGUAUAUCCUUAAUUAUGGAAAUAAUGACAAGGAAUGUGCUUUUAAGUUAUCCCACAUAAACAACUGCAGUUGCUUGGAGGCGUUGAAUGGAUCACUUAAAAGUUCUGCCAAAGGCGAGAACGGAUCUGUGGAAAUUAAAAUUGUGGGGAAUCAACUCUCCCAUGGAAAUAAUAACUUUACACUCUUACCAAAAUGCGCUGCCAAAAAUAUUCCGAGAGAUGAGUUUAAAGCUGUUAUUGGCACCGAUCAGCCAUUUGUUUUUAAACUUUCCAUCAAUAACCAGAAUAGCACAUGUCUUGGAACAGACCCAUUCAACUUUCGCGGAAGUUACAAAAAGCUUUUAACCAAUUCAUUUAUGCCAGAAGACCUUUCAGAUACUAAAGAAUACCUUCAUUUUGAGGAGAGCAACGACAACAAGGAAAAGAAUAAAUAA